AUGGAAUUGGAAAGGAACCCCAAAGUAUCUACGACCACGCCAACGGCGAUUCACGAUGUUUUUGCCGUGGAGAAAGAGAAAGAAAGAGAUUAUGAAGUAUAUGCUUUUAACUCUUCGUUACCACCUAGGCAUCGGAAGAGUGUUCUGGACGACAAGAGAUGGUUCUUCGCGGAGAAGCUUCGGUGCUACAGAGUCGUAUCCCACUCGGUGGAGAUCAGCGACUGCGACGACGUGAAAGUUUACGUGAAAGAUGUGAUUUUGAUGCACUGA